UUUCGCAUUCUCCUUUCAUCGAUGAAAGCGAACGAACGAACGAAACCCACUUAUCAAAAGACGACGGCAACUUGGUGCUGCUGUUUGUUCGACCAUAUUUUUUUACGGCCCUAAAUACUGGCGUGUGAUUCUUCUAAUUUGCAUCCGCGAUAAAUAAGUGCGAUGAGAAAGUAGUGGCUCGAACGCGGCGGUAAUUUUUUCGCUAUUUGUUGUUGCUAUUUGGUGUGUCGUGUCUGACUGACCGACUGCUGCGGUUCCGAGUGUUUUUGUGCGCGUAGGUGAUCUCGGGUGCGGUUCCCCGGAAACGGAUCCCACCCGUCAUAAGGCGUUUUGCAAUCGUUGGGUUCCGGGUUGAAUCGAGGGUGUGCCGCCGAGUCGUCCCGUUUCUGCUUGGUGCUUGAGUGUGUGAGGGUUUUUUUUUGUGUUCCUAUUAUUCCCGUCAUAGUCGGCAUAAUAGGGUUCUUGAAAGUGCGUGGAAUCGGAUGUUGCAAUCGUUCGAGCCAAAAAUAGCACUGAUUGGAGAGUGGAUGCUGGCCCAUUUGAUUGCCGGAAAUCUCGUGUAGAUACUGGGAUUCGUUUCCCGCUGGAAUUUUGAAGCUACUUGGGAAACGCAUAGUGCUGGAAUUUCGUGAAGCCCUUCAUUGCAUUUUUUUUUCUCAUUAGAAGCAACGAGAAAGAGCAGCAGAACGAGUGGAGUUGUGAAAUAAAAAUCGAAAAGUGCAGAGUGCGGUUGAUCCUAGCAAAUUACGAAAAAACCCACUAACAAACCGGUGCAUUUCGCAAGCGAGCUGUUGAGGCAUUAUCGAAGGAUUUUUCAUUUGAACCUGAAGAAGUACCCGACAGGAUCACGGACCCGCAAUGGUAUAUUCCGGCGCCGACAACCAGGAGAAUAAAGCGCUUUGUGUCAUCCGGGAUCCGCGACAGGAAGCAAAACAGAGGCGAUUCACCUUAACGGUCUACGAGAAGCAUACCGUUGCCAAUCUGUACGAACAUGUGGCCAUAAGCUCGGAUUAUCCAGACUUCGAGCUGCUGAUUGCCCACGGAAACGAUUCGUCCUGCCUCGAAGGGAUCUCUCUGCACGAUAAACGACACAAAAAGUUAGUCGAUGUAGGUAUCAAGUUCGAUUGCCGCAACAAUCUUCUGAUUCUGCCAAUAGUUACAGAUCAUUCAACUGAUAACAUAAAAAUAGACACAGAAAUGUCUUCCGAUGACGAUAUACCAGACUCGGCGAGCCCGGUCGAAUCUUCGAAUUGCAACGUGCCUGCUCCACCGCCACUUCCUGCUCCCCUCUAUGAUUCGCCUCCAAUGGCGGAAAGCGACAGCCCAACCACUUCACGCUUCCGGCGAUGCCCUAGUGGGAGCAGCAAGUACACAUCGUCCAGCAACUAUAGGGGUCUUGUGAACCAAGCAAUGACCUGCUACUUGAACAGCCUUCUGCAAGCUCUGUUUAUGACACCAGAGUUCCGAAAUGCUAUGUAUAAUUGGGAAUUCGACGGGAAGGACGAGAACAAAUCGAUUCCCUACCAGUUGCAAAAGCUUUUUGUAAAUCUACAGACGGCACCAAAGUCCGCGGUCGAAACUACAGAUCUCACCCGGAGUUUCGGGUGGGAUUCGGCCGACGGCUGGCAACAACACGACAUCCAGGAGCUGUGCCGGGUUAUGUUCGAUGCUCUGGAGAAAAAGUUCAAAAACACAAAACAGGCCGAUCUCAUCAAUCGGCUGUACGAGGGCAAAAUGAUCGACUACGUCAAAUGUUUGGAAUGCCGAACAGAGAAAAAACGCGAGGACAAGUUCCUGGACAUACCGCUUCCAGUACGACCCUUCGGAAGCACCGAAGCCUACGAAUGUAUCGAAGAUGCCCUGAGGGCCUUCGUUCAACCGGAAACUUUAGAAGGGAACAAUCAGUACCACUGUGAAACUUGCGACAAAAAAUGUGACGCCCAUAAAGGUCUCAAGUUCAGUAAAUUUCCUUACAUACUAACACUGCACCUCAAGCGGUUCGAUUUUGACUACCAAACGUUUCACCGGAUUAAACUCAAUGAUAAGGUGACCUUUCCGGAAACGCUUAAUCUGAACAACUUCGUCAAUACCACGGGAGAAAAGUGGCCAACAACUGUGAUGACCAAUGGCCAUGGAGCUGAGAUGGUCAACGGUAACGGAAUUGGUGAACCUGCUGUCGCAAUGGAAACAGCCGAAAAUUUCAUGAAAAUGUCUGACGACUGCAGUACCACCGACAGUGGUUCGGCCCUAGAAGAAGAAGGUUCCUAUCAGAACGGAGGAACGUCGGUUUCCUCAUCGACUACAACUCCGAACGAUCAGUUUAUGACACAGGACAUUGACGAAGGCAUCGACAUGGAGCUGAAUGGGGACUGCAAGUCGAACCACUCGCGAGGCAACUUCGAGGCACCGGGACCGUACAUUUACGAGCUGUUUGCCAUCAUGAUCCAUUCGGGCAGUGCCUCCGGUGGCCAUUACUAUGCGUACAUUAAGGAUUUCAACAGUUGUCAGUGGUUUUCGUUCAACGAUCAAAUUGUUACGGCGAUCACCCACGACGACAUUCAGAAAUCUUUCGGCGGCGGUUCGUCCAAAGCAUUCUACUCGGGCGCCUACAGUUUCAGUACCAAUGCAUACAUGUUGAUGUACCGGCAAAUAGACCCGAGCAAAAAUAUUUCACCGAUUUCGGAGGAGGAAUUCCCGGAUCAUAUUAAGAAACUGAUGAUCAAAAUACGCGAAUCCGAAGCGUACCGCAACAAAACGAACCCGGACACGCUCAAGAUCAACGUGUACUUCGACAAUCCAAAGACGCGGGAAAUCAAGAGCUACAAGAUGUACAUGCUGAACGACAACACCCUGACCGAUGCCCUGGAGGAAGCCUACAAACGGUGGGACGUGGAACCGUUUGCCCCGAUCGAACGGUGCCGGUUGGUAGCAUACGAUCACCACCGGGAGGUGAUCGAGAAAAGCUUUGAGGGUCAGGAAAAUAAACCGAUUGAGGAAUUGAUGAAACAGCUCAAUCAAUCCAGCGAAUUGCUUUUGGAAACUCGAGAAGAGCAUGAAGUAUUUGAACCUUACGCACAAUCGAAGACUGGGGUAAUGAUCAAAGUAUAUAAAUUGGAUCCCAUCAGCAGGGAUGUCGAUGGACCUUACUCCAUUCGAACUAGCAAAGAUCAAACCGUACUGAAGUUGAAAACUAUUAUUGCUCGUAAACUGCGACUGAACCCAAAGACGGUUAUCCUGUGUCACAGAAAAUGUAAGGGAGACACUCAGCUGUUGCUGAAUGACUCAAACACUCUGCUUGACGAGGACUUUAUUCAGUAUUGUAAGGUGUUUGCAUCUGUUAACAGCAGUGAUGACGCGAAUUUCACCAACAAGCUUACACAGUUCGCGUUCCAGUUGGAUUGGUUACUUGGAAUCUACAUCAAUUUACCCGAUAUGGAUGCCGAAACUUUGAAAAAUCUAUCUAUCCCUCGAUUUGUGUCGAAACCCUUGACCAAUGGCAACGGUACGGUAAAUGGUAAUUGUCAUGAGUCGCAACUGGCAAACAACGAUAGCAACAGCGAGGACAGCAGCUUAAGUGAUAACGAUCGGACCUUGGUGGAAGAUGAUUUCCAUACCCAGCUGAAUGGAAAAUCGGUAAAUCCACUUCUUGACGAUACUUUGGACCAAGAACCGGAAGGCGUCUUCACUGCUAAGUUGGUUAACGGAGGAGACCUAGACAAAGAUACCGACGACGACGAAGAGGAAUCGUUCGUGGCCGAGUGUAAAAAUAAUGACUACUACUUCAAGGCAGCACCAGUUGAAUACCACAACCCGAAUGCAGAUUCAGGUGCGGAGGAUGACAGCAGUUCGAGCAGCGUCUCCAAUUCCAAAGUUUUGAAGGUCUUGGUAGAUAAACGAGCAAGUCACGGCUAUCUGAAGUAUAAACUGCAAUCCUGUCUGCACGUACCGAUGGAGUAUUUCAAAUUGUUCAAAAAUUCAGACAACAACGUCCAAGAGAUCACCGCACUUAAGGAGGAGCUGAACUCAUACAGUGACGGCAGCCGGCUAACGAUUGAACUUGGACGCGUGCUUCGUAAGGGAGAGUAUAAAAUCAAUCUGUACUAUCUAAACGUGGACAAUCUGGCAGAUGAUGUAGACAAGCUGCCGUAUCUCUGUGAAUGGAUCGUGCGUAAGGGCCAGACGAUUAAGAACAUCAAGCGGGACUUGUUAGUUCACCUGGCCGAUAAGUAUCCCACGAUGACAAUGGAACGAUGCAGGAUGCGGAUGAAAUGUGUCCGCAGCAUAUCGUCGGUGCUGCAAGAUGAUAACAAAAUCGGCGAUGAUGUAACUUUAACGAAUCAUUCCGUGUUGGUCCUGCAAGAAGUCGACGAUAUGGAGAAUGCAACACCUGUUCACAUAAACGAUGUUGUUCUGCUUGUUCGCCGGUGGAUUCCAUCUGAAAUGAAGCUAGAUAAAUUCCAAGAAAUUGUUUUCAGAAAUAAAUGUGAGCUCAGAAAUGUGUUAUCAGAAUUGAGCGGAAUUCCUGAAGAAAAUCUAGAAUACGUGAAACUAGCCCCACGAAACGCGGUGACGACGCUUCAAAUCCACACCGUUCUUCAAUGGACUGCAGACCCAUAUGUCAAUGAUCACUACUCAGGAUUUCAGGAUGGAAAUAUUGUUUACUACAGGGAUAGCACCGAACCAUUGAAGGAACUGACAGCCGAGGAGCGAACCGAGCUCAAUAAGAGAAAUGCUCGGGACAAUUAUGCGGUCUCCUCACCCCGGAAGGAACGUUCGCUCAAGAUCUACAUCGAUGCUUCACCAAAGAAAGCCGAUGAUUGAUUGCAGCAGUUGAUCGUAUUUGCGGCGGCGUGUGAUCGUGAUGGGACAGCGGCAACAGCCCCAAAGACGAAUCCAGAUUGCGGGGACAAUUUCGGUGAAAGUGCCAGUGCAAAGCGAAGAAAACGUUGCAUCUGAUUAAGGCUAAGAAGCAAAAGCCUGAGCCAGUAGAAAAGAGAAACGCGUUUAUAGCUAUAAGUUUUUUCAGUUGAAUAAGAAGUUGCGUAAGUGUUAUUGUGUGCGAAAGAUAGCGAAGAGAAAGAAUUUCACCAAUGAGUGCGAUCUAAGUUCAGAAGUGCUGAAAGUUGCGUAUAAUACCUAUUACCUAUUGUUUCAGACUGAAGUCUGUGGAUAUUUAAGUUUGUUGAAGUGUACAGAAUAUGUUCUCGAUUUAAGUGCUUACAUUGGACAACUAUUGUUUCACCUUCAGUGUGAGCUACUUCACUGUCAUCGUUAUUUUUGUAGCUUCUGUUUAAAUACUGUCACUAUUUCUGUUUGCUAGCAGUUGAGGUCAAACCAAACUCUGUAUAUUACAGUUUAAGUUUAAUUUAAACAAGUGUUUGAAUUUUUGGUUUUCCUAUUUAACAUCAAAUGCAUUCGAUUCCGCGUCCAAAACCUAAGCGCAAUGUACAGAGAAAAUUGUUGUAAGAGAAUCACCCCGUAGAUAUAAGAACGCAUGAAAGCUCAUCAGCAGCAAUUAUUUAUAUCAUAGUAUUGCCUCUGUUGAAUAGCUUCUUACCUUGCACAGUUCAUAUCAUAGUCGUUAAAGGACAAACAGUAACUCUAUACUGAUUGAUGGAAACGAAGUUAUACUUAGUGAUAAUGUUCAUUUUUGUAUUUUUCGGUCCGUCUUAAACACAUCAUUUUGGCAUCCCUUCUUUUGUGUUGAUCUUCGGAUCUUCAUCCUUUUUUCGGUGGCCUCAUUUUCAUUUAUUUUUCAUUUUCAAUAUGUUUACACAAUUAGGCGGAAUAUAUACAUAAACACAUGCAAAGCAACUGUGGAAAAUAAAAAAAAAAUGGUC